AUGACAUAGAAAGAUAAAAACACUUCUGAAUCAGCAACUUCCUCUGCAAAUGCUUCUUAGAAUGUUGCAGUUACUCCCUAUAAUAAUAGUUCAUCCUAACCAAAAGCCAAUAAUACAAGCCAAUAGAAUACUACUAGUAAUAGUACCGUGACUUUAUAAUAAUAGUAAAGUAGUGGGAAUAACAAUACAGGUAGCAAUUCAAGUUCAGUCAAAGCAAUUUAUGAUCCUCCUUGCUUUAAAAACUACUUCUUAAACCCCAAAGAAAAUAAGUGCUAUCCAUGUCAUAAAUCCUGUGCUAGCUGUACUGGUCCUGCUAAAUCAGAAUGCACAAGCUGCUUUCCAAGAAUGUUUUAUGUUCAGCAUCCAAAGGAAGGUAAUGUCUGCGUUGGAAACUGUGAGUCCAUUGGGCUCUUUUACGACCCAGUCAAUAAUAUGUGUGUGGGUUGCCAUCCAGCCUGUGCCACGUGCUUUGGACCUGAGAAUGAAAACUGUUUUGAAUGUGCUGACGGCUUCCUUUAAGUAGAUCAAUAUACUUGCGAUACUGAAUGCUUUCCAGAGAAUUCAUAUAUUCUUGUCAUACACAUUGCAAAAGUUGCUUUGGACCUGAACUAGAUUAGUGUUCAGAUUGCUACCCUCCAUUUUCUCUUGAUGUUGAAGAAAACGAAUGCUUAUACAACGAAACUCUUGGCGAGUUAUAUGACUCAAAAUAUAGACCUGUAAUCAUCAAUGAAUUUGAUUAACAAUCUAUAGCCAAUGUCAAUUUGGACUAAAAUUGCCUUAUAUAUUGGAGGGUUAGCAUCAAUAGUAGGCUUUUACUUUUUGUGCAGAUACUUAAGAAGGAAGUGGCUAGAUUAUCAGAGCAACAAAGAUAGAUCUUAUAAUGUAUUCGAUAAAGCAGAACUUGACAGUUCAGAAAUCUCAAACCUCUAGAAAUGGAAUUUCACUGUCCCUGAAAAGUUUAAAAGCAUUGUAACAUCAUAGAUAAUAUAAAGCAAAAAUGACAGUGAAAUUAGUGUGAGCUUUGAACAAGAAUAGGGAAAGCUUAUUCUGUUGAAAUCCUGCAUUCCUAUUCCUCCAUGCACUUAUUUCAGAUACUUUGAAGUUGAUGUGCUAGAAAAUAAGAAUGAUGCAGCAAUUUUUGUUGGAAUAGUGGAGUAGAAAGAUAAAUUUUUAAAUGAACCUGAAGUGAUUGAACAGCUUAAUGGAAAACAAACUUGCCUCAUAAAUGGAAGCGAUGGAACUUAUUAAUUUGGUGAGCAGGGUAGAAAAUUCUAGAAGUCUUUAACUAUGAAAGAAUUUGGUGAUUCAGUUGGUAUAUGCAUGCACUAUUAAGACGCAGAUGAGAUUGCAUAAGAAAUAGCUUAGGAAGAAAUAGAAAAAGGAUCUAAGAAGAAAAAGGAACAAUUAACAAGCUAGUUCAAAAAGGAUUUAGGCCUUACUGAACAAAUCAGGUUGCUGGUGUUCAAGGAUGGCAUGUGCAUUACACCUGCUGAUUAAAGAGAUAAAGACAAGAUAAAGAUUGACUUAAAUGGAUAGUUCUGGAUGUUUGUUGGAGCAGAUGGACCUUGCUAGAUAUCUGUAAAUGUUGGUGGAAAAAUAUUCAGAGCUCAUUAUGAUGAGAUUAAUAAAGGUUUAAUUGUCGGAGGCAGUAGUGUACAAAAGGCAGGGAAAAAAAAGGGCCGCAAACUUCCAUUUUUCAAUAUAUCUUUUUGA